CGCCGCCGCCGCCGUCGCCGCCGCCGCCCAGGUGACUGAGGACAGGGGCGCCGCCGCCGCCGCCGGACUUCAAUGCCCAGCCCCCGGCUCGCCAGCGCUUUCCGUUGGAAUAUCCGUUGCACAUUUAUGGCGAUUCUGAGCGUGAGGGCAGACUUCUGCCAGGCUCAGCACAGCGUUUGUGCUGACAAGUGAGCUUGGGAGUUCUGUGUGCCAUAAUUAGCAUUGCCUUGAAGAUUCUGGACACCAAGAUCGGCCUCAGAUAUUUGGCUUUUUUUUUUCUUCACAUUGGAAGCAUAUUCCUUUUACCGACUCUAGCAAAAGUCCUCAUCAAGAAAAAAAAGUGGAGAAUAAAUCUACCCCAUUCACUUGCCUCACCUGUGCCUAAAUGGAGUAAAGGCUGUUUGUCUUGAAUGCGAUUGGAUUUUUGGAGUCCGAAGAAUACCACCUGCAGUGAUUGAGGCCCAAGUUGAAUUUGAAUUCAAGUGGAUUCUAAACAGAUCUACUUAUCCUGAAGUGAAAAGCUUCUAAGGAACAAACAAGUCAAAUAGAGAAAACACUGAUCGAUAAUAGGCAUUUUAGUGGUCUUUCUAAUGUUUUCUGCUGUGAAACGUUUCAAGGAUUAUUGAUUUUUUGUUUUUGUUUUUUGUUUUUCAUUUUUUCCCCUCCACUUUCACAACCUCACCCUUCUUUUGUCUGCCAUAAUGAACCGUCCAGCCCCUGUGGAGAUUUCCUAUGAGAGUAUGCGUUUUCUGAUAACUCAUAACCCAACCAAUGCAACCCUCAACAAAUUCACAGAGGAGCUUAAGAAGUAUGGAGUGACUACCUUGGUGCGAGUGUGUGAUGCUACAUACGACAAAGCUCCCAUUGAAAAAGAAGGGAUCCAGGUUCUAGACUGGCCAUUUGAUGAUGGCGCUCCACCUCCCAACCAGAUAGUAGAUGAUUGGUUAAGCCUAUUAAAAAAUAAAUUUCGCGAAGAGCCAGGAUGCUGUGUCGCCGUGCACUGUGUCGCAGGGCUGGGAAGGGCCCCCGUCCUGGUAGCUCUCGCUUUGAUUGAAUGUGGAAUGAAGUAUGAAGACGCAGUUCAGUUUAUAAGACAAAAAAGAAGGGGAGCCUUCAAUUCCAAACAGCUGCUUUACCUUGAGAAAUAUCGACCCAAGAUGCGGUUACGCUUCCGAGACACCAACGGGCACUGCUGUGUUCAGUAGAAAGGAACCUGAACGAAGGCUGAGUUUAUCGUGGCUUUUUAGGGGAACUCUUGGCACCUGGAAAUGUGAAUCUGGAAUCUAACUGCAUCAUCAAGAUAGUGGUGGAGUCAGUGCUCCUCAACCUCUGUCCUAAUGAUUUAGAAAACAAAAAAAUGAGAAAACCCUCUCUAAAAGAAAUAAAACCUAAAAAAGGAAGAAAAGGGUGGGGGAGGAGGUGGGGGGAGGAAUUCAGUGAAGGAUGGUUUUCUCCUAAGUAUGCAGUUUGAACUGCUGGGAGAAAAUAGGUUGCUUAAUUAACCUGUAUUUUUUCUUAACUUUUUCAAAAUGGGUCUCUAUGGAAAACCAGCAGAAUAUUGGCCCGUGCAAAAUCCAUUCGCUUGGGGAAGGGCAUCCAAAAACUAGGUCCCGGCAUGUGGAUUUCCUUAUGGGAUUUCCUUUUUUAAAAUUUUUUUUGUUGUUGUUGGGGUUUUUUUUUUUGUUUGCUUUUUUGUUUGUUUCUGUGAGAGCUGGUAGACAGAGAAUAGGAGGAGCAUUUGUUGCUGUAUGUGUGUGCAGUCUGACAGCCUUAAGCCCACUUGGGCAUUCUUAGAAAAUAACAGUGGCAUUUGUGUUGUGUGUCCCAGGUGGUUCUUAGUCUUUCCUGAUGAUGGGAUGUUCCUCUUUCCUUUUCCUGAAAAUUCUACCUACAAAUUAGGUGAAGCAGCCAAGAGCCUCUUUUUUUUUUCUUCUUAACCUGGUGGGGAUUGGUAUUUUAAGAGUAGUGCGUCUGUUAUGUGUGUGUGAACAUAUUUGUCCAAAGAACCUAGAUGAAAGACAAAACGCUUUCCUUCUACUACCUGAAAUGAACAAAAUUAAACAGCACCUACGCAACUCCGUGUAUUAGAGGAGGAAGAGCCGAGCAGUGUCAGUCGUCCAGAUUUGCCUUUCAAGCGUGAAACUCCAGGCAGGGAGUUAGCACCCUUUCAUGCAUCCCAGAAAGACCACCAUGGUCAUGAUCCGGAUUUUCCGUCAGACCGCACCAGGGCACAGUGCUGGUGUGAACAGCCCAUUUCAGGACUCAGUCUCAUUUGUUUUGGAGGUGAGCUCUCCCGAACGGUCAAGUAGACGGGACGGACACAGUAUUUUGGACUUGUGAAUAAAUGCCCAGGGUGGGUAGCCCCCACUGGCCCUCAUGUACAGUUCAGUUGAACCACUGAUUGCCUUGUUCUUUUCUUACUGAGUUCUUUUUGAGAUAAAAAAAAUCACUGGUUCCAAACCAACAAGGCCGACCGGAUCUGCGUUCCCCAGGCCAGAACUGGUGGGGAAGGGACGGUCAUGCAGUGCUUUGGAUGGACUCUUUUGUGUGCAGACUGGUGUAGCGUUAUUUUGUGCAGAUUCAUCACCGGGUUCAGUGUGUCAUCCCAGACGAGCUGCUUCUCCGCCCCUUUGCCAGAGGUGGCCCCAGCCAGACUCGUUUUACGAAACAAAUCUCGGGCCCCGACCGAUUAGCCGUGGCCCUUGCCCGCUUUUCACCUCAACUGGGCGUGUCUGACAUUGGAGCCGUAGAAGCGGAACAGAGACAGGUUUAGGGUCAUCCCGUCCCUUCGUCCUGCUGGGCAGAGCCAGUAAAAACCGUUUGCUUUGUCUGUUGGAGCAGCUGGGCCAGCAGGUUCAGACCGGUACCUUGUCUCAUAUUGAUACCUCAGAUGCCGGCUAUGGGAACUGCCUAUUUUCCUAUUCCCAGAGUUCUGUUCUGAUUUUUAAUUGAACACAAAGACAGAAGGUUUUUUCCCUUUUCCAGAAAACACAAAAUAAUGCAUUUUAAAAUUGUUUCUAGGGUUUUAAAGUUUAAAGAACAAUGAUGGUACUAUCCUAAAUUCCUCGUUUCAGAAAACAUGCCAGUAGAUUCCUCUAGCAUAGGCUCAAGACAGAAAUAGCACAUUCUCGGAAAGCUCGCGUAUACUGUAUGUUCACCCAGAGUGUAUUAAUACCAUAACAGACCCUGUCUUCCCUCUAAUACUCCCAUGCUUGAUUUUGUGGUUGGUGAAGCGGCAAAAGGGUACAAGCCAAUAUCAGUACCUUCCUGAGUUGCAAAAAUAAAAACAAAACAAAACAUUUCUGGUUAUGUCUGAUGAGUAGAGGGGUGUAUAAUGCUGUAUUUAAUACUGGCCCUCUUUUUAUUUUUGUGAACUACAGACUAAUGUUAAUGUCCUCAGAACUGGAUUUUUUGGGGGGAGGGGCAAAAUUAAAACCUUUUUUUUCUUGAAAUGAAUGAAGUAUUGGUAGUUGAAGCCAGUUUGACAGAUGGUGUGAGAGAGAAAGAGAGAGAGAGACGUCGGACUGAUUGAGCAGUGUGCAGCCUGAUUAAACCAAACCCUAAACCCUUUUAAAAAAACAAUAAAAAAUAUUUUACAUGCA